CGCAGGAGAGAAAUCGUCGGGAUAGUCACUUCUCCUCGGCGAGUCGGCGCCGCCGGAGUGUUUGUCUUCUCUCGCGAGAGAUAGAGAACGAGUCUCAGUCGCGCGCGCACCAAGUGCAUCUUCUAGCUCAGUGAGGUGCGGUGAAGGACGGAGAGUGAUUUUUUUUUCUGUGAAAUAUACUCGAGUAUAACAACAAAUAACAGAGAGAGAGAGAGAGAGAGAGAGGCAGUGAGAUUCCGGCAUGUUCGCGUGUGCAUACCGCAGGACCGGGACAUCGUCGGCGCAGUGCAGCUGAGAGUCUAUCCGAUACACACAGUCGUCCCAGUGCGGCAUGGAUUUCUCCGUGAAAGGUGAGCGAUGACAGCCGAGACUGGACCUGAUCAUCACCGCGACGGCGAUAGGCAAACGGAUGUUGCAUCAUCGGCACUGUGCAACCUUUUCAUUUCCAAGGUCGAGUCAGAGCAGCAGCAGCAGCAGCAGCAGCAGCAGCAGCAGCAGCAAAGCCCCACACAGCAGUCAGGAGCAGAAGGAAGCCACCCGUGUCCAGCCUGUCCGACGGUGCUGUCGAGUUCUCGGGAGCUGACGCACCACCUGCGCGGCCACAACUCGCCCCGAAGCACGACCGACUGCAGCGGCGAGGAGGUCGACUACGCCUGCGGCGUCUGCCACAAGGUCCUCAGCUCGGCCAGCUCCCUCGACCGACACGUACUCGUGCACUCCGGCGAGCGGCCCUUCAAGUGCAAGUACUGUGAAAUGGCCUUCACGACCAACGGCAACAUGAACAGGCACCUGAGGACGGCCCACAGGACGGCCUCGCCGUCCCACAGCUGCACCGACUCCGAGGCCAGCAGCGACUCCGAGCGACCGCUCAACAAGCGCAGACUCGUGCAGGACGAGUACAACAACAACGACGUCGCCAAGCGCAACUCGCCCGAGCUCCUCGUCUCCUCCCAGGCGAAGCGCCGCUGCCCGGACUACGCCGACGAGGCCGACAGCCAGCGCAGGCACAAGAUCCUGCUGGGCAACGCCAGGAGCGAGAUCCGCGGCGGCUACUCUGACUCUACCGCGCCGCCCGACGGGCUCCUCGGCUGCGCCGUCUGCGGCCUCCAUGACUUCGCCGCGGCCGAACAGCUCGAGGCCCACAUGGAGCGCCAGCACCCGGACGUGCCGGCCAGGUGCGAGAGCUGCAGCCUUGGCUUCAAGAACAAUAGGGCGCUCAUCCUCCACCGCUUCAUGCUCCACUUGGGCGAGGGUGCCCGCAAGCGCCUGCGCAACUCCGUCGUCGGAUUCAACGACCUCACAUUCGUCGACUUCUCUUCCGAUAAGUUCCCCACCAUCGCCCGGGCCGUCUGCGAGCAGUCGCUGCACCGGCCAGCCACCGGCAAGGCCUACCAGUGCUCCAAGUGCCUGCGGGCCUUCCCCUGCCGCUCGGCCCUCGACGCCCACGAGACCGACUGCGGCAGGGCCGGCGAGCAGCAGCCGCUGCUGCAGGACCAGUCGGGCCGCGACGACUUCUUCGCCGGGCUGGACCUGCAGAACAAUGCCAUCCCCGAGACCAAGGAACAGGGCAAGGACCUCGCCGACAUCCAGAGCAUCAUCAACAACACCGCCGGACCGAUCCUCCAGACCCUCAACCGCGACGACGCCUGCACGCCCGACAACUGCAAGAUCAAGCUGAGCUUCGGCUCGUCCGGCUCCUCGGGCACGCCCUGCUCCGAGUCCUACCACGAGGAGGAGGCCCAGGACGCAUUUGCCGCCGAAUUUCGCAAGAUGAAGAUGAAGGGCGAGUUCCCGUGCCGGCUCUGCAGCGCCGUGUUCCCCAAUCUGCGCGCCCUCAAGGGCCACAACCGCGCCCACAUGGGCGUGGGACCGGGCAUGCCCUAUCCCUGCAACAUGUGUCCCUACAGCAGUACCGAUAAGCAGACCCUUACAAGGCACCUCAGGUCGCACAACGGCGACCGGCCCUACGAAUGCUCGCUCUGCAACUACGCCUUCACCACCAAGGCCAACUGCGAGCGGCACGUGAGGAACCGGCACGGCAAGCUCUCACGCGAGGAGAUCAAGAGCGUGCUCAUCUACCACCCCAGCGAGGACUCCACCAACGACGGCAGCCUCGAGCGAGCCUCGCCCCGGGGACCCUCGCACGUGCGCGACGAGGUGCGCAAGACCCUGGUCUACCCCAGCGAGCGAGACGAGCUGCCGAUCAGCCAGUAUCCCCAGGCCGGCGAGCUGAGGAUCAAGGACGAGGCCAAGCUCAGGCAGCCAGGACUGCCGGGACUCCACGCCAUCGGCAGCCACGAGCUCUUCCCCAGGCCACCCCAGCAGCCCCUCGAGCUGACCUACCGCGGCGACGAGCGGCAGCUAGCCGAGAGCGAGGUCAAGGAGGAGGACCUCGACUCGAGGUCGUCGGACGGCAGCGUGUCUCUAGUCAGCGAAGCCAAAACGGACGCCGCACACCAAAGAAUUCAGGCCAGUCCCAUGGACCUGAAGAAGUCGAGCAACCCUGUCUCCCAGGCCGAAGAUGCGCCGCUCGACCUCAGCAUGGACGUGCUGGACCUCAGCCGCAAGGCCAAGGCUGCCGCAGCCGCCGCCGCGGCUCUCAAGGCCGAAGGAGCCAACGGCGAGAAUUUGAAAACGCAGGAGGGCAAGGACCUCUACAACACGACCAAUCAGCUACUGCUGACCCAAGCUCUGCUCAAGGCCGGACAGACCCAGCAGCCCUCCUCGCUCGAAGCAUUCUACGCCAAUGCUCAAAUGCUCUACCGGAACUUUGGAACGUUCCCCGCGGCGGCCGCCGGUAUCCUCCAGCCGUACCUCUUCAACCCGCACCUCUUCGGCCAGGACUACGCCAUGAAGGACAGGAUGCAGAAGGAGCUGAUCCGCGGACUCCAGACCAGCGGGGGUAGCCUCGUGGAGCCCCAGGCUCCGAGCUACGGCGCCGCUGCCUUCCCCCAGCAGAGCGGCCGUCAGCCGGACCAGAACAACUCCGGCUACGCCAAUCUCAUGUCCUCCGCCAAGCUCAUCAGCAAGAGCUUGACGCCGUCGUCCAGGGACAAGAACCUGGACGGCAACUCGCAGUCGUCCAACUCCGUGAAGAUGGUGAUCAAGAACGGCGUGCUCAUGCCCAAGCAGAAGCAGCGACGCUACAGAACCGAGCGUCCCUUCACCUGCGAGCACUGCUCGGCCAGGUUCACCCUGCGUAGCAACAUGGAGCGACACAUUAAGCAGCAGCACCCUCAGCACUGGAGCCAGAGACCCAGGGGCGGACACUCGACCCGAGGCAGACCGCCGGCGAAUCCGCCGACGCUUCUACAGAACCUCCAGGGCAGCUCGCACCAUCACGCCCAGCAGCAGUCCCAGUCCUACAGUGGACUAAUGCCGAAGCUCGGACAGCAAGUCCCUCCCGGUGACUACGGCAAGCACGCCAUAUCCGACCAGGUCAAGUACGCCAUCUUGGCCUCGCAGCUGAAGGGCGGCAGCAAGCCCGAGGAGAACGACUCCGACGAGGAGCUCGUCAUCGAUGAAGAGAAUGAGAAGGAGCACAGAGAACCCACCGAGAGGACGCUCAGUCUGCUCCGGGGCAAACUCGAGGCCAACAUCGAGAGCAAGGGCAGCGAGGACGUGGACACGAAGGAGGUCAGGGUCAAGGAGAAGAUCAAGCAGGAGAUCGACAGCCACAUCGAGCACAAGAACGACGAGCACGACGUGCUCAACACCAAAGAGCGGGACGACGAGUCCGAUGAGGAGGAGGAUGACGACGAGGUCACCUCAAUCGUACCCGAGGCCAUGGUCAAGACCGAGCUGCGCGAUCUCAAGGAGGACCAGGAGGAUCUGGCCAGCGUGUCCGAGAUCCUGGACAACGCUUCCCAGCACUACCAGCACUUCCAGUCGCAGUACAUGAGCGACGAGGAGGGCCUGGUUGCCUCGACGAGCGACUGCAACCAGUCGGGCAGCGACGAGAAGUCCGACUCGGUCAACUCGGCCAACUCCGGACACUCGUCCUGCUCGAAGAAGAAGAAGAAGAAGAUGAAGAAAAAGAAGAAGAAGAAGUCCGCUUACUCGAUGGCCCCCAACCGAGUGAUCUGCCCGUACUGCGAGCGUCCUUUCCCCUGGACCUCCUCGCUGCGCCGUCACAUUCUCACGCAUACGGGCCAGAAGCCCUUCCAGUGCAUGCACUGUUCCCUUCUCUUUACCACUAAGUCCAACUGCGAUCGUCACCUGCUGCGCAAGCACAAGAACAAGAUCGAGAAGCUGCGCAGAACCCGCAGCACCUCGUCGCCGGAGCUCCAGGAGCCACCGAGCAUCAACAACAACAGCAGCCAGUUCGCCAUGAGGAACGUGCCCGAGCGGCCCUACAAGUGCAACCAGUGCCCCAGCUCGACCUUCUCAACCCUCGGCAAUCUCAAGAAACACAAGUCCUCGAAGCACCAGUACCAGCAGCGCCAUACAGGCCCGAAAUCGCGUCCGGACUCGCCCUGCAGCGAACCCCAGCACAGUCCCCAGGACUGCAGUCCAGCUCAGAACGAGGCUCAAGUCCAGGACGAGUCCGUCCACCCGACCCAGCAGUGCAACGUCCAGGAGUGCGCCGAGCCUCAGGACUGCCAUAAACAGCAGCAGCAAGGUACCGACCAGAGCGGCUACGAGAGCCAGUCGUCCGGGGUCUCUGAUAACAUGGCCGAGAACCUGGCCGACCGCCUCGAGGGUAUGAGCUCCACGCCGAUCGCCGAUCCAGCCAAGAACGGCAUCAACAACAACAACAACAACAACAACGCAUCCAGGAAGAACUCGCCUACUUCGUCGCCGGGACCCAACAACAGCGGCAACAGCAGCGCCAACAACUCCGAAGCUGCGCCUUUCAAGUGCCACCUCUGCGACAGCGGCUUCUCCGAGAGGAACGACUGCCUCGAGCACAUCAAGGACAACCACGAGCGCUCCUACGAGAUGCUCGUCGCCAAGGGUGCCCUGGAAAUGGACUUUGACGGUGCCGACGAGCCCAUGCCACCGCAGCCACCACCGCCACCCCAGAACCCUAGCGAUGGCGAGGGCAGGCGGUUCCCCGACUACAGCAACAGAAAGGUCGUCUGCGCCUUCUGCAUGCGUCGCUUCUGGUCGGCCGAGGACCUCCGUCGCCACAUGCGCACCCACACGGGCGAACGCCCGUUCUCAUGCGACAUCUGCUGCCGGCGCUUCACCCUGAAGCACAGCAUGCUUCGCCACCGCAAGAAAUGCGAGUCGUGCGUCGACUCCAGCAUGUACGUGGGCACGAGCGGCGACGAGGACACGGGCAUGAGCCAACCGCCCACGAUAACGCCUCGCUCUCAGCAACACUCGUCCCAGAUGGCGCAGCAACAGCAGCGCACCUCACUACCCCAGGUCGCGAGCGUCGCCACUGCCGACGCUGCGCCCAGUGGACUCAUGCGCUUCAAUCCUUACGAGAAGCUGACCACCCUCACGGGUAAACUCACCGCCGGUGUUUCUCCAAGCGUCGACGCCGGCGACAACAGCGACAACAGCGAUCUCAUCUCCAACCUACUCGGCAUCGGGGACAAGAACUUGAUCGACCGGGUACUUCAAUCCUCGGUGGACGACGCCGCCAAGCUUCUGGGUGUCAAGGCACACCACGAAUGAGGUCUGAGGAGUAGAGCUGGGCGCUCGAGGACUAAGCCCGCGGUGUAAGUGUCGUUGGCACGGCAUUCGCUGAUAAAAUUAUAUAGGUAAAGCUUUUUGGAGAUGAUUGCAUCGAGGCUGUAUACUGAUUUAUACAUAUAACACUUGUACAUAAUAAAUGAGGCUUCGAUGCGAUGUGCUAUGAGACUCCAAAAGGCUUCGAAUCGCGUGUUAAGUGCGUCGGGAUAAGGCUGAAUCGUGUAUACUGACUGUAGAGUAAUUUAAUGCGAUCGACGCGAUGAGGUUCGACCUGGACUCGCCCUUUUGUUGUAACCGAGCGAGUCCACGUCGAUGCCUGAUAUAUAUUAACAUAAAUAUGCGUAUUUGAGUUUAAAACGAGAGAGAAGGUAAUAAGAGAGCGAUGCCGUCCAAUGAUUUACAUCACACGCGAAACUACUUUAACGAUUGUAUAAACUCGGUAGAGACACACAAAGGUGCACAUUACGCAUGUAUCAGGUGCGAAACGAAGAAAGCAUUCCUUGCUUUCUUUUUUUUAAUUCUACUAUUAGUGUAAACAUAGUAUCUCGUAAAGUAAACAAUUUUCUCUCCAAAUAUUACGUAUAGUAUCUCAUCGUGUGUGUGUGUGUGUGUAACCGAGUCGCUCGUAUAUCGGUUCUUCUCUUACUUUUGGUGCGCACCGCGGAGUCGCGAUGUUUUUCCUCUUUCCUCGAGCACCGGAAGCGCGACGAAAAAAAAAAACAAUUACAGUAUAGAAAAAAAUAAAAUAAAAACAAUGAUGCUGAAUUACGCUUGUCGACCGAGCGAAACUUGUACUCGCUCUAUCGACAAUGCAAUUUCAUAUGUAUAGAUUGUGCCUACAACCUUAUAUGCAUAUAGGUAUAGGGUGACUCUUUCUCUUACAUAUCUAUGUGUGUCACGACGAAUGCCGCGGAAUGAAUUUGCAUGGAAGUGUAUACGUGCGCGCGAGUGAGAGCAAAAAAGAGCUCACCCUAUAUAAGGUACUUGUAAUGGCGAUUCUACAUAAUUAUUCUCUCUGUGAGUGUGUAAUACUGCUGUGUUUACGUGUAAAUACGAGACGACUGACUUCGUCUAGCGAUGUUAUACUGUACAUCUACGACUUAUAGCAAUUAUACAUACAUGCGCUCUCACUAUGCUAGCUCGUUAAGUUGUAAUUAAAUAAGUAACAAAGAGUAAAAAGUAAAAACAAAAAAUCUCGUCGAAUCUGCGAAGGCGAUUAUGAUUUAGAAAGAGAGAGUGUUAUUAUCAGCAGACGAGUAUAGAGGCAGCCCAAAGGGGCCUUAUUAAUGUUUAGGUAAAAAAUAAACAAUGAAGAUAAAACGAAAGAUGUGUAAUUUAUAUACGAUACAUAAAUAUAUAUAUAUAUGAUAUGAUAACGAGUAAAACGGCGAUCGACGAGCUGUGCGUCGCGAUUGACACGCGUACCAGGCUCGUCGCUCGUGUUCGAAUCCAAAGAGAGGUUUUGCGCUCAGCAAACCCACACUUAUUAAUUAUUGUAAUUCUUUAUUAUGAGCAUGAUUUUUAUUAUUAUUAUUAUUAUCAUUAUUAGGAGAAAACUUUUAAGAUGAUCGAUGCUGAGAGUGACAACGAAUUAAGGAUAGCCAUAUAUAAAUAUAUAUAUAUUAUGUAUAUCGACGAAUUAGAGAAAGGAAAAAUAUAGAAUUCUUAUAUAUGUGUACAUUAUAUAUGCGAAGAUGAACUUUUUAGGUUUCUUUAUUAUUUAUUUCUAUGAUGUUGCAUUGCGUCGAUAACAUUGAUUAUGAAAAAAUACGAAAAGAAAAUUAUGCAAAAAAAAAAGCGAAUUGAGGUGAACUAUGCGUAUAAGGAUGUUAAAUAUAGCAUUGUUUUCUCUUCUGUAAACUCUCUUCGCCUCGAUUUUAAGUAUACAAAAGGUCUAUAAUUUGUAAAUUUGACAUGUAUAAUGAUGAGUCAUUAAUCGAAUCGUACAAAGCGAAGUAUCAAUAAAAGUAUGUCCCUCUAUGAGAAAUUUUGAGUUAUUUUUUCUUGCGUCCAAAACUUUACUAUACUUGUCUGUACACAUAUAGUCCGCAGUUGUAUACUUAUACGAGAGACCAUAAUGUCGCAAUGCCACUUUGCGACGAAAUAUACGAAGAAAUAAAUAUAAUGAGCAAUAUAUAAGCGAGAGAGAAAAAGUUUGAAGUGUAUAUCCAUCACUUGUGUAUGUAUAGCUAGGACAAUUAAAAGCGCGAAUACUUAUUCAAACGCUGCAAACUAUGCCAAAUGACGGCCAGGUGUGUUCGAUCGGUUUGACGAUCGGAAUUAUAUAAAGCUAUAAUUACAAAUAUAUUACAUACAAUAUGUAUCGUGUAUUUUAGAUAGAGAUGUUCUCAGUAGCGCAGUGUUUGUCAUUUAACUUUUUUCUUUUCUUCGAAAAAAAUUAAUAAUAAACUCAAUAAUCGAAGCUUUGAAGAAAAAAUCUAUGGACUUGAUAUUUCUCUCUCUAUUGUUCUUAUACUAUGUAGAAAUAUUUUUUUCGGUUGUUCUUCUUACAUACGAUAUUAUAUUUACAAAUUGUUUUUCUUAUACUAGACGCGCACCGAAAGACGGCUAUGAAGUUUUUUCAUGUUUCUAUAACGUUUUCGUUAUUAUAUUUUUUUAUGUUCAAAGUAAUAGCGAAUCGCAUGACGAGAGCGUGCAAAACGAUUUCUAGAUAUAUUUAUAUGCAAGAUUAUUUUUUUAAGCGAAGCAUGUAAAGCAGACAAUUUUCGUUCCGAUAAUGUUCAUCCUAUCUCUACUAUAUUCUUCUGGUACUUGUGAAUUUUUAUAGAAAAAAAGAGAUGCAUUGUAAUCGAAUAAAUAUACCGACGACAUUCUGUACUUGUAUAGUGACUUGUAUUGAUAACACUUUGAGGUUACAAGUUUGAACUUUGAAAAUUAUAAUAUAACAAUACAUAAUGUAUUAACAUGACAUAUACUGUGUUCUCUUUCACGAAUACCCUACUCCUAUUUAUCAAAUUUAGAAUGUAAAUAAAGCAAAAAAUUCGCGCCGUAAAAAAAUGAAGGCUGCACAAACGUAUUAAAAAUGUGACGCAAAAAAUAAAAAAAAAAUUAAUCGAAAUAACACAAAAUUAUAAGUAAUACCUAUAAACAUUUAAUAUAUUUGGCCAUGAAUUCAAAAUUUUAAGUUCAAACCGAUACCACCAGGCAAGUCCACGGACGAAACGCGCUGACCUUCUCAAGCUCAAUGAUUCGAG